CCGGAGACGGCUCCCAGAAGCCCCCGGGACUCCGCUCCCUUCAUGGAGCGUGUACUAGAACGAAUGAAGGAUUUUACGUGGCUGAGAGCUGGAAGCGCCCCCGGAGGAGACCAUCCCACUCCAGUCCAGCACGCCCGACUCUCCCACCGAAAGUUCGGUGUGGCCCAAAGCCUGGGAAUCUUGGGAAGGUGCCCGGUCGGGGCACCUUCUUGCCUGAAGCUUUUCUUGCCUGCCCGCCUGGAGGAUGUGGAAAUCGGGACACCAUACAUGUCCACGGGCCUGAGUAUGGAGGACGCAGUGACUUUCACGGAUGUAGCCAUCGACUUCUCCCAAGAUGAGUGGGAGUGGCUGACUCUUGCUCAAAGGACUCUGUACAAGAAAGUGAUGUUAGAGAACUACAGCAACCUGGCUUCACUGGGUCUUUGCGUUUCUAAACCAGAUGUGAUCUCCUUACUGGAGCAAGAUAAAGAGCCCUGGACGAUGAAAGGAGAGUUGACAAGAGGCCUGUGCGCAGACUUGGAGUAUGUAUGGAUGAAAAAGGAAUUAUCUCUAAACGAGGAUAUCUAUGAGGAACAGUUAUCUCAAGCAAUGAUAAUGGAAAGACUUACAAGCUAUGACCUUGAAUGUUCCACAUUAGGGGAAAACUGGAAAUAUGAAGGCCUGUUUGAGAGGGAGCUGGUAAGUCCAAAGACACAUUUUAGGCAAGAGACAGUCAGUCAUAUAGAUACCCUUAUUGAGAAAGGAGACCACUUUAAUAAAUCUGGGACAAUUUUUCAUCUGAAUACAUUGUGUUAUAUAAAACAGGUAUUUCCCAUCAAAGAGAGAAUAUGUAAUUUUGACACAGAUAAGAAAAGCUUAAAGACACAUUCCUUUGUGCAAAAAGACAAGCAGGUCUAUGGAGAAAAGAAACUUUUGAAAUGUAAUGACUGUGAGAAAACUUUCAGCAAAAUCUCAACUCUUACUCUUCAUCAGAGAAUUCAUACUGGAGAGAAACCCUAUGAAUGUCUCGAAUGCAGAAAAGCCUUUAGCCAGAGUGCCCACCUUGCUCAGCAUCAGAGAAUCCACACAGGAGAAAAACCCUUCAAAUGUACCGAGUGUGGAAAAGCAUUCAGCCAGAAUGCCCAUCUCAUUCAACAUCAGAGAGUUCAUACUGGAGAGAAACCUUAUCGGUGUCAGCAGUGUAACAAAGCCUUCAGCCAGCUAGCACAUCUUGCCCAACACCAGAGAGUUCACACUGGAGAGAAACCCUAUGAGUGUAUCGAAUGUGGGAAGGCCUUUAGUGAUUGUUCAUCCCUUGCUCAUCAUCGAAGGAUUCACACUGGAAAGAGACCCUACAAAUGCAUCGACUGUGGGAAAGCCUUCCGGCAGAACGCUUCUCUUAUACGUCAUCGAAGGUACUGUCACACUGGAGAAAAGCCCUUUGAUUGUAUUGACUGUGGGAAAGCUUUCACCGAUCACAUAGGACUUAUCCAGCAUAAGAGAAUUCACACUGGAGAGAGACCCUACAAAUGUAAUGUGUGUGGAAAGGCUUUUAGCCAUGGCUCGUCCCUGACCGUCCAUCAGAGAAUUCAUACAGGAGAGAAACCCUAUGAAUGUAGUGUCUGUGAGAAAGCCUUUAGCCAUCGUGGCUCACUCACUCUUCAUCAGAGAGUCCAUACUGGAGAGAAACCCUAUGAAUGUAAGGAAUGUGGGAAAGCUUUUCGGCAGAGCACGCACCUUGCCCACCAUCAGAGAAUCCACACUGGGGAGAAACCUUACGAAUGUAAGGAAUGCAGCAAAACCUUCAGCCAGAAUGCCCAUCUCGCACAGCAUCAGAAGAUACACACUGGAGAGAAACCGUAUGAAUGUAAGGAAUGUGGUAAGGCCUUCAGUCAGAUUGCUCACCUUAUUCAGCACCAGAGAGUUCACACUGGCGAGAAGCCUUAUGAAUGUUUUCAGUGUGGGAAGGCCUUCAGUGAUGGCUCCUAUCUUGCCCAACAUCAGAGACUUCACACUGGCAAAAGACCCUAUGCGUGUCUCGAAUGUGGGAAGGCAUUCAGACAGAGGGCAUCCCUGAUCUGUCACCAAAGGUGUCACACGGGCGAGAAGCCUUACAAAUGCAACCUCUGUGGGAAAGCCUUUAGUCAUCGUAAAUCCCUUACUCUGCAUCAGAGAAUUCACACAGGAGAGAAGCCUUACGAGUGUAAGGAAUGCAACAAGGCCUUCAGCCAGAGCUCGUCGCUGACGAAGCACCAGCGCAUCCACACCGGCGAGAAGCCCUUCCGGUGCGACGCGUGCGGGAAGCAGUUCCUGGAGCGCUCGUCGCUGGCCGUCCACCGGCGCGUGCACACGGGCGAGAAGCCGUACGCCUGCGGGGACUGCGGCAAGGCCUUCAGCCAGCGCAUGAACCUGACGGUGCACCGGCGCACGCACACGGGCCAAAAGCCCUACGCCUGCGGGGACUGCGGCCGCGCCUUCAACAGGAGCUCGUCGCUGACGCUGCACCGGCGCAACCACACGGGCGAGAAGCCGUACGCAUGCGGCCGCUGCGGCAAGGCCUUCAGCAAGAACUCGGCCCUGGCGCAGCACCAGCGCCUGCACACCGGCAAGAAGCCCUACGCCUGCCCCGUCUGCAAAAAGCACUUCACGGGCCGCUCGUCGCUGGUGGUGCACCAGGUGGGCCACACGGGCGAGAAGCCCUACGCCUGCGGCGAGUGCGGGAAGGCCUUCGGCCAGAGCGCCUCCCUCAUCGAGCACCAGCGCAUCCACACGGGCGAGAAGCCCUGCCGGUGCGCGCAGUGCGGCAAGGCCUUCAUCAAGAACUCCUCGCUCACCGUGCACCAGCGGAUCCACACCGGGGAGAAGCCCUACGCGUGCGGCGAGUGCGGGAAGACCUUCAGCCGGAACACCAACCUCAUGCAGCACCUAAGGGUCCACAUCUAGGGAGGCUGGGGCCCCCCCAAUCUGCACCAAGUGAACGGGGUCCUCUGCGCGGAGUCUCCACCAGGUGGGCGGGGUCCUCACCUCGGAGUAUCCCCCAGAUGGGCGGGGUCCUUAGCUUGAAUCUCCACCAGGUGGGUGGGUCCUUACCUCGGCUGUAAGCGGGGGCGCUAUGACUUGGGGGCCCAGGGUGGCGCAGCCCCACACAGUCUUAGGACUCAGGGGUCCAGGACCGGCUCCCGGUUUAUGCGCGCUCCUUGGCCCGGCGUCCUCAUCUCUGUACCAGAAGGCAAGCUCCUCGGUGCCCAGUGUACUGGGAACGCUGCGAAGUUGGAUGUAGCUGUAAACCCAGGGGAGCACCAGGAACCCGGGGCGCCGGAGUUCCAAUCCGAGCUCUCAGUAAAUAAGCGCCGGGCUGGAGCGUCUCCAGCCUCCGGUCUCCGUUCUGAUAGUACGGUAGGGAGGGGCCUGGAGGAGAUGUCUGGAUAAGAGCGUGGGGACUUUUCUCCUCUUGGCACACACAUCCGCGGUCUAGCCCUAACCAGGCGGUCACCGUCUGUGAGUUCCCUAAGAUCUAGAGGGGGACCCUCCAUCCUUCCACAUCCCAGCCCCGCUGCAGCCUCGCUGAACCGUCCCGGAAGACCCCACCCCACUCCAAGCUUAACAAGUGGUAGAAGUUGGCAAGUUAUUCAUGAGGGGGAAAAGUUUUUAUUCAGAGUUAGCAAUAACAGUGACUGCUUCAGAUGCCAGUUUCUCAUAGUGGUCUGUUCAAAAUUAUUUUAAUAAAACUUUUCACGAAGCAAGUCCAACGUCAUAGAAACAGGGACCGGGUGUGCAGUCAGAGUCGGUUUCAGUGCUUGUGGGAGAAGGUGGGGGAGUGAGUAGCAGCAGGCCUAAUAUUCAGGGUUAAAUACUUACUGGACUCAAUAAGCUUGCGUGCUGGAGUCUCUUUUCAUAGUUGUUUUUGCAGUUGAACUUGAAGGAAUGUACUCAGCUUGACCUGAAGCUUUGUGUGCACAUCGAGUUCCCUGAGUCUUCUCUUUCUGGGGCCUUUUUUGUUCGGUUGGUUGGUUUUGCUGCAGGCUUGCAGGAUCUCAGUUCCCCAAGCAAAGACCGAACCCAGGUUAAGGCAGUGAAAACCUGGAGCCCUAACCACUCGGCCACCAGGGAAUACCGGGGCCUUUCCCACCACUUUUGUUAUUUUAAUGUUCAGUGCUACUGGUCACAAAUGUUCUGGUAUGUCUGAGUGUCCCACACUUCCUGAUGCCAGUGUUCACGAAGAAUAAAUAAUUCAUUUUAAGCAACCACUUAGAUCUGUUGGAGAAGGGAUAGGCUACCCAUUCCCAUAUUCUUGGGCUUCCCUUGUGGCUCAGCUGGUAAAGAAUCCACCUGCAAUUUUGGAGACCUGGGUUCAAUCCCUGGGAUGGGAAGAUCCCCUGGAGAGGGGAAAGGCUACCCACUCCAGUAUUCUAGCCUAGAGAAUUCCAUGGACUAUAUAGUCCAUGGGGUCACAAAGAGUCGGACACGACUGAGGAACUUUCGCUUUUGCUUUUUACAUAAGUGCACUUCGUGUUGCAGGUCAAAAGAGCAGCCAUGUAUAAACAUGAACAGUUUUUGAAUGUCUGGCAGGGUGUGGGCAUCAGGGUGGGCUUGAUCCAGGCGCUGUGCAUCAGCCACGGCUCUGACUCCCUUCACCCACUGGUCUCGUCCUCAGGCUGGCUUCCCUCGUGGCUUCAUGUGGUUUCCAACAGCUCCUCUUGACACAUUUCCUCAGUCACAUCCAGUUGGAGACAGGCCUCUUCCAGUCAAUGGCAAAAAAAAAAAAAAAAACACACAAAACAAAGCUAAGUUUCUUUCAGUUGUACUCAGCAGGAACUGAUUAUUCUGAGGAGAGGAAUGCCACAUGCUGCUUGGCUUAGAUCUGGGUCUUGCCGUCAUCCCCGAAAUAGUAGCUGGGGAAGGGGAAUGAGUGGGAAUGACUGCCCAGAUCGGCCUGAAACCACCAUCCACCCUUGACAUGGCUGUGGGGUUGGUUCCACCCAGGUCACAGUCGGGGAGAGGCCAGCCCCAAGGUCAUGAUGCUGCUGGAGGCUAACAUUUAAAGUCGGAUGGCCUCUCUGAUUUUUGUCAUGACCGUGGGCCUCUGCUGCACAACAAAUGUCUGUUCUGACAUUUCUUUGGUCGCCGGGACGGCCCUCAGUCCUGUCUAUCCUCUGGGCUCCAGGUCACAUCUCUUUGCUUCAACUUUGAUCCCCAUUGGCAAGACCAGAUGCCACGUGACCAGGUUUCCUGCUCGGGGCUGGGGGGUAGUGUGUGGCCAGGAGAGUGACCGUGGCUCCCAGGGCAAGUGUGAGCCCUGGGUGCACACACGAGGGUGAGCACCAGCCGUGACUGAGCAGACUCCUUAUAGCCCUCUGUGCCGCGGUUCACUACUUUAAAAUGGGGGUACUGGGCGUCUCUGGGCUUCCCAGCUGGCUCAGUGGUAAAGACCCCUCCUGCCAAGUUAGGAUACACAGGUCUGAACCCUGGGUGGGGAGGAUCCCCUGGAGGAGGACAAGGCAACCCACUCCAGUAUUCUUGCCUGGAGAAUCCCAUGGACAGAGGAGCCUGGUGAGCUACAGUCCACGGGGUCGCAGAAGCAUCGGACAUAACCGAGCGACUAAACAGUUGGGCAUCUCCGGAGUCGGUAAUAGGGCAGUCGGGGGCAGCUAAGCGGCAGGUCCUGGCAACACAGAGCCGCAGACAGCAGGGCCCCCGCCCUCGCUCUGUCUCUCUCCUGCUCUCUCACCUCUCUCUGUUUCAGACAAAAAACCCACGCGGUCCCGCUCCUUGUGGCCAUUUGGGACUUCCAUUCCUGGGGACGCAGGGCUGGUCAGAGUCGGCUGCCAGCCCACCAGCUUUCCAGCCUGGAGGAGAUGCUUUGGAAACUUUGUGUUAGUAAUUCCAGUAAGAAGUAACCAGGCCCUGCCUUCCUAAGAGCCAAAAUGACUCUGCAGUUUCUUCGUUUGUUUUUCGCGCUUUUGCACUCAUUCCACGCUCGCCAGAGCCCAGAGAGCUUUGUUUCCAGGCGCCAGCAGG